AUGGCGCCGGCGCCUAUUUUCGAGUCCAUUGUGGACACAGUUCAACCCAAAAAGGACACUCUCGACCUCCCAGAGUUGGCACGUCAACGGCUGACGAAGGCCGGGAUUAAUUUGUCCGAGGGUUACCCAUAUCGACCAGCUGCCCCUCUGUAUCUGCAAGAUGUAUACAAGAUUCGGGACGACGAACGGCCGUAUGAGGAUGCUGGGGCAAGGGCUGACAAGCAGAAGACGCGCUUGUUCUCCGCUGCGACAAAAGUUACAGAUUUGACUACCCACAUCGGAACGGAAAUCGAGGGACUCCAGCUCAAAGACCUUACCCCUGAGCAACGGGAUGAGCUAGCGUUAUUAAUCGCGGAGAGGAGCGUGGUAUUCUUCCGAAAUCAGGACAUCACCCCACAACAGCAGAAAGAGCUCGGGGAGUGGUUCGGAGAAGUCGAGAUUCAUCCUCAAGUGCCCCAGGUUCCUGGCGUUGCCGGUGUCACUGUCAUAUGGCCGGAUCUGUUUGCCCAGGACAACGCAGCCAGCUUCCGCAAGCCAGGUGGCGCUUCAUCGUGGCACACCGACCUCGUGCACGAGCGGCAGCCCGCAGGGGUCACGCACUUACACAAUGACACGGUGCCACCAGUGGGAGGUGACACUCUUUGGGCGUCUGGUUACGGCGCGUAUGAAAAGCUCUCGCCCGAGUUUCGCAAAUUAAUCGACGGGAAGCAGGCCGUUUAUCGCUCAGCUCACUCAUACCUGGACCGCGAAAACCCAACUGCCGGCCCCAAGCACAUCGAGCGCACUCAUCCAUUAGUCCGUGUCCAUCCAGCCACGGGCUGGAAAGCCCUCUGGGUCAACCGGGCCAUGACGGUACGGAUCGUUGGGUUAGACAAGGCCGAGAGCGACCUGAUUCUGAACUACCUGUACGAUGUUUUUGAGAGAAGCGUUGACAUACAAGUGCGAUUCAAGUGGACGCCGGGCACGAGUGCGCUAUGGGACAACAGGUCGAGCAUCUCCUGGUCGAUGGCCCCAUCCUCGACGUGCGUCGGGCGCGCGGUACCAUCCCCCACGGCCAACCCGAUGGUCUCCCGCUUCCUCGCUUGCAUCCCUAGUAUGGUCUCGUCCAUCGAUCCCGCGGCAACUAAUUUUAUAGUGUGA